AUGUCUCUGAUAAAAUACACUUUUAAAGUUUGAAUUUUUUCUAAAAUAAUGAUUAAUUUAACUGGAUUUUCAAUCCCUGAAUCUUUCGUCCGAGGAGAAAAGCCUAUCCAAUUCCGCACAAUCAGGGCGAUGAACAAAGACAAGCUCGAAGAAAUCCGUCGAAAAGAAGUACGGCUCCGUCAGCAGCUAAGAGAAAGGUUUAUUUCUGAUAAAUACAGUCCUACCCGGAUAUCAAUACUUGAAAAACCCACUAAGCGAUUCCAUCAAAAUGAGCUUUUUAUCUCAAGCGAAAAAAAGAAAAUUGUGAGGAGAGCACUCGAUCUUAAAGCCAAAACAAUCAAGUUUUCACGUCCCUCAACUUCCCCUAAUAAUGAAGGAUUGCUAUUGCAAACAUGUGCACUUGUUCAGAGCAAAAAUACUCACUCUGAUGAUAAACUGAGCAUAAAUCUGCCUUUAUUUUUCUCAACCCCUCAGCUUCCGAAGAUAAAUAACACAUUAGAAAACUGAAAAAUCUGCAAUGGGAUACCGAAAGAUUCAAAAAUAUUCAUAAUAAACGGGAAUUACCCAGUUCUAAGAGAAGCUUUCUUGCAGAGAGGAUGAGCAGAGAAUACGGACCCUGAAAGCAUGCAUUUUGAUAUAAAGUGAGCCAGAAACCCAAGAGUCCCAGCUGAUAUUCGUGACUGGCAAAUGAUCAAUCAUUUCCCACGGAACAUUGAGCUGGCAGCUAAAUGGAAUUUUUGUGAAAACAUAAAAAAGCUCCCCAAGAACACCAAAUUCAACCCACUGAAAUUCUUCCCUCGGUGCUUUAAAAUUGGAUCAAAAGAAAACGAAGAGUUCUAUGAGCACUAUAAAGCGUUAAAAGCAUUAGGCAUUCUUAAAAGCUACGUCGAGGGUAAAGAAGAUUACUGCUAUGAAAAAAUAUUAGUCUCUAGUAGAGUGUGCCAACGAUGAGCAUUUGACAUAGAAAAGAACCCAACUGGUGAAAGAGCCAAACCUUUAUCAUUAGUCUUAACUAUUGAGUGGAGAAUUUUAAAUUCAAACAACCAAAACGAAAUGGCAAGCGAGCUUUCUAAGCUUCAUUUACAAAGUAUACCUUCUGCUCAAGACUUGCCUUCCUAUGCAGCAAGCUCCCUUUCUGCUAUAAAGAAUGCUGAUCCACAAUUUUAUAUCAAUGGCAAAAGAGAUAUCUGGAUUGUAAAGCCAGGAAGAAAAUCAAGAGGCAGAGGAAUCGCUUUAUUUGAUAAUAUUGACCAAAUAAGGCAAUACACAAGCGGGUCAAAGUAUUGGGUCAUUCAAAAGUACAUAGAAAACCCUUUGAUAAUUCAGAAGAAAAAAUUCGACAUAAGACAGUGGGUGCUUAUCAGCAAUUCAGACCCUUUAACUGUUUGGAUUUACCAAGAUUGCUACCUCAGAUUUGCAGUUGAUGACUAUCAGCUUGACAGAUUGGAAAAUAAAUAUAUGCACUUAACAAAUAACAGCAUUGUAAAAAAUUCUGAUAAUUUUGAAGAUGCAGAAAUCGUAGGCUGUAUGUGACACAUAAAUCAGCUUAAAGAGUACUUUGAAGAGAAUUGGCAGAGAAAUGUAUGGCAGGACGAAAUUUUUCCAAAAAUCAGGAAAAUCGUAAAAAUGUCACUUAUGUCAGUAGGGAAUUUAGGAAGAAGGCAAUCGUCGUUUGAAAUAUUUGGGUAUGAUUUGAUGAUUGAUGAAAAUCUACAGCCUUGGUUGAUAGAAAUUAACUCAAGCCCAGCUAUGGAUUACAGCACACCAGUGACUGAAGUCCUUGUCAAAGAAGUCUUAAGAGAUGCAGUCAAAGUUGUAAUUGACCAUGCAGCUGACGAUAGCUGUGACACUGGCAAAUUUGUCUUAUGCUAUAAAGCAAGAUCCCGUAUUAAGUAG